GGUGCGGGCAGGAGCGGGGGGCGCGCGCGCCGCCGCCCAGGUUCCCCGGAGGAUGGAGCCAGCAUCGGUGAGGACAAAAGUCCCCUCCUUCCUGUCCGACCUGGGGAAGGCUACACUCCGGGGUAUCCGGAAAUGUCCCCGCUGUGGCACUUACAACGGCACCCGAGGCCUGAGCUGCAAGAACAAGAACUGCGGGACUGUCUUCCGCUACGGCACACGCAAGCAGCCCGGCGUCGACGCUGUCAAGAUCAUCACCGGCUCCGACUUACAGGUUUAUUCGGUGCGGCAGAGGGACCGGGGACCGGAUUACCGGUGCUUUGUGGAGCUGGGGGUCUCGGAGACGGCCAUCCAGACAGUAGAUGGGACCAUCAUCACGCAGCUCAGCUCUGGCCGCUGCUAUGUGCCUUCAUGUCUGAAAGCGGCCACGCAAGGCGUGGUGGAGAACCAGUGCCAGCACGUCAAACUGGCCCUGAACUGCCAGACCGAGGCCACCCCCCUCACCCUGAAAAGCUCGGUGCUCAACUCCAUGCAGGCUUCGCCCGAAACCAAACAAACCAUAUGGCAGCUGGCGACCGAGCCCACGGGACCGCUGGUGCAGCGGAUCACCAAGAACGUCCUGGUGGUGAAGUGCAAGGCCAGCCAGAAGCACAGCCUCGGCUACCUGCAUGCCUCCUUCGCCCAGAAAAUGAGCGCCAAGACGCUGACGGACCACAGGUUCUCCUGCUCCUGCCAGGCUCUGAAGCCUGGCAAGGGCGGCCCGGCCGAGGAGGAGGCGCCGGCAUCGCCGCGCUGCAUUCACUUCUUCGCCUGUAUCUGCGCCUUCGCCAGUGACGAGAGCCUGGCGCAGGAGUUUGCCGACUUCCUCACCUACGACUCCGGCGGUCUGAAAGGGAUGGUGGUCCCACAGUUGGUGAGUGGCCCCGAAUCCACGGUGCAGGCUGGGGAGGUGGCUGCUGCUAAGCCCAAGAAGAGGAAAAAGGAUGCGACGCCUGGGACGCAGGCAACCAGCCCUCUCCUGGCUCAAGACCCAGCUCACAGCAACCCCAGGAGAAGCAGCCUGAAGAAGCCGGCCGUCGCCUCCUCGCUGAAAAGACAAGAGCGCAUCCAUCUCGCCCCACAGCCUGCGAUGGCUCGGUUGGCUCCUGCAAACGCCCCCGGGAGCGUGUCGGCGCUCACGGGGAGGGGAGGACGUGUCGGGUCCCGCUCCCGGGGAUUGGAACUGCGAAGGCAGCUGCCCGGCUGUACCCAGCUGCUGGACGAGUCACAGGUGACCCUCUCCUUCCAGGACUGGCUGGCCAGCGUCACCGAACGCAUCCAUCAAACCAUGCAUUACCAGUUUGAGGGCAAGCCUGAGCCGCUGGUGUUCCACAUCCCUCAGGCUUUCUUUGACGCACUGCAGCAGAGGAUCUCCAGCGGGAGCACAAAGAAGAGGCUGCCCAACUCCACUACAGCUUUUGUCCGCAAGGAUGCCCUUCCCCUGGGCACCUUCUCCAAGUACACAUGGCACAUCACCAACGUCCUGCAGGUCAAGCAGAUCUUUGAUACACCUGAGCUGCCACUGGAGAUCACACGCAGCUUCAUCCAGAACCGGGAUGGGACCUAUGAGCUCUUCAGGUGCCCCAAGGUGGAGGUGGAGAGCAUCGCUGAGGCCUAUGGGCACCUGGAAAAGCAGCCAGCCAUCCGGCCCCUAGAGCUCAAGACCUUCCUCAAAGUGGGUAAGUGGGGCAAGCUCAGCUCCCAGCCCACCUUGGGGGGGAACACCCAGCCCAGCCAGGCAGCCCCAGUCUGA